GCUGUUAUGGGAUGUCCUAUAGGCUGUUAUGGGAUGUCCUAUGGGCUGUUAUGGGAUGUCCUAUAGGCUGUGUUAUGGGAUGUCCUAUGGGCUGUGUUAUGGGAUGUCCUAUAGGCUGUGUUAUGGGAUGUCCUAUAGGCUGUGUUAUGGGAUGUCCUAUGGGCUGUGUUAUGCGAUGUCCUAUGGGCUGUUAUGGGAUGUCCUAUGGGCUGUUAUGGGAUGUUCUAUAGGCUGUGUUAUGGGAUGUCCUAUGGGCUGUUAUGGGAUGUCCUAUAGGCUGUGUUAUGGGAUGUCCUAUAGGCUGUUAUGGGAUGUCCUAUAGGCUGUGUUAUGGGAUGUCCUAUGGGCUGUGUUAUGCGAUGUCCUAUGGGCUGUUAUGGGAUGUCCUAUAGGCUGUGUUAUGGGAUGUCCUAUAGGCUGUUAUCGGAUGUCCUAUGGGCUGUGUUAUGGGAUGUCCUAUGGGCUGUUAUGGGAUGUCCUAUAGGCUGUGUUAUGGGAUGUCCUAUGGGCUGUUAUGGGAUGUCCUAUAGGCUGUGUUAUGGGAUGUCCUAUGGGCUGUGUUAUGGGAUGUCCUAUGGGCUGUUAUGGGAUGUCCUAUAGGCUGUGUUAUGGGAUGUCCUAUGGGCUGUUAUGGGAUGUCCUAUAGGCUGUGUUAUGGGAUGUCCUAUGGGCUGUGUUAUGGGAUGUCCUAUAGGCUGUUAUGGGAUGUCCUAUGGGCUGUUAUGGGAUGUCCUAUGGGCUGUAUUAUGGGAUGUCCUAUGGGCUGUGUUAUGGGAUGUCCUAUAGGCUGUUAUGGGAUGUCCUAUAGGCUGUGUUAUGGGAUGUCCUAUAGGCUGUGUUAUGGGAUGUCCUAUGGGCUGUUAUGGGAUGUCCUAUGGGCUGUUAUGGGAUGUCCUAUAGGCUGUGUUAUGGGAUGUCCUAUAGGCUGUGUUAUGGGAUGUCCUAUGGGCUGUUAUGGGAUGUCCUAUGGGCUGUUAUGGGAUGUCCUAUAGGCUGUUAUGGGAUGUCCUAUAGGCUGUGUUAUGGGAUGUCCUAUAGGCUGUUAUGGGAUGUCCUAUGGGCUGUUAUGGGAUGUCCUAUGGGCUGUUAUGGGAUGUCCUAUGGGCUGUGUUAUGGGAUGUCCUAUGGGCUGUGUUAUGGGAUGUCCUAUGGGCUGUUAUGGGAUGUCCUAUAGGCUGUGUUAUGGGAUGUCCUAUGGGCUGUUAUGGGAUGUCCUAUAGGCUGUGUUAUGGGAUGUCCUAUGGGCUGUGUUAUGGGAUGUCCUAUAGGCUGUUAUGGGAUGUCCUAUGGGCUGUUAUGGGAUGUCCUAUGGGCUGUAUUAUGGGAUGUCCUAUGGGCUGUGUUAUGGGAUGUCCUAUGGGCUGUGUUAUGGGAUGUCCUAUGGGCUGUUAUGGGAUGUCCUAUGGGCUGUUAUGGGAUGUCCUAUGGGCUGUGUUAUGGGAUGUCCUAUGGGCUGUGUUAUGGGAUGUCCUAUGGGCUGUUAUGGGAUGUCCUAUGGGCUGUUAUGGGAUGUCCUAUGGGCUGUGUUAUGGGAUGUCCUAUAGGCUGUUAUGGGAUGUCCUAUGGGCUGUUAUGGGAUGUCCUAUAGGCUGUGUUAUGGGAUGUCCUAUAGGCUGUUAUGGGAUGUCCUAUAGGCUGUGUUAUGGGAUGUCCUAUAGGCUGUGUUAUGGGAUGUCCUAUAGGCUGUUAUGGGAUGUCCUAUGUGCUGUUAUGGGAUGUCCUAUAGGCUGUCUUAUGGGAUGUUCUAUAGGCUGUGUUAUGGGAUGUCCUAUAGGCUGUGUUAUGGGAUGUCCUAUAGGCUGUGUUAUGGGAUGUCCUAUGGGCUGUGUUAUGGGAUGUCCUAUGUGCUGUUAUGGGAUGUCCUAUAGGCUGUGUUAUGGGAUGUCCUAUAGGCCGUGUUAUGGGAUGUCCUAUGGGCUGUGUUAUGGGAUGUCCUAUAGGCUGUUAUGGGAUGUCCUAUGGGCUGUUAUGGGAUGUCCUAUGUGCUGUUAUGGGAUGUCCUAUAGGCCGUGUUAUGGGAUGUCCUAUAGGCUGUGUUAUGGGAUGUCCUAUAGGCUGUUAUGGGAUGUUCUAUAGGCUGUUAUGGGAUGUCCUAUGUGCUGUUAUGGGAUGUCCUAUGGGCUGUGUUAUGGGAUGUCCUAUAGGCUGUUAUGGGAUGUCCUAUGGGCUGUGUUAUGGGAUGUCCUAUAGGCUGUUAUGGGAUGUCCUAUAGGCUGUGUUAUGGGAUGUCCUAUGGGCUGUUAUGGGAUGUCCUAUAGGCUGUGUUAUGGGAUGUCCUAUAGGCUGUUAUGGGAUGUCCUAUGGGCUGUGUUAUGGGAUGUCCUAUAGGCUGUGUUAUGGGAUGUCCUAUGGGCUGUGUUAUGAGAUGUCCUCUGGGCUGUUAUGGGAUGUCCUAUGGGCUGUUAUGGGAUGUUCUAUAGGCUGUGUUAUGGGAUGUCCUAUGGGCUGUUAUGGGAUGUCCUAUAGGCUGUUAUGGGAUGUCCUAUGUGCUGUGUUAUGGGAUGUCCUAUGGGCUGUUAUGGGAUG